AUGAAGUUUAUUUCUCUGUUUUACUUUGCAUUCAUAGCAAAGCUUUGCAGUACAGGUUGUUGUGGAGGUGAAAACGGCGAAGCACUUGAUAUCUCUAAUCCCGAUUCGUCCAAAGUAGAUAUAAGGGAGGAAACUAGCAGAGGAAUAAAGUGGAAGGUCUUUAAGCCGAAGGAUGGUGUAACAAUUACCUCGUUCACAGAAGGAAGAGUAGAAAUAGGAAAGAUAAGCACACAUGGAGGCGCUACACCCGAAAAGUGCUAUGAAAAGGUUGAUGGAAAAUGGAAGGAAACUGGUCUUAAUGAUUUCUUCAAUAAACUAAAUGGAAUCAAGAAUGCAGUAAAACAAAAUGAAGGGCCGGUAAGUGCAGAACAAGGUGUUUCCAAGAAUUUAAAGCACCAACAUAACCCCGAAUAG